UCAAAAACACAUAAACCCUCUCUAAGGUGUAAAGAGAGAAACCCCAACCCACACCCUAUCGUCGUUGUCACACGCUGCAGCCACCGUCAAACCUCGCCGACUCAAAACCAGCCGGAGAAGCCGCCGUCUCUGCGAAGUAGCUCCGUCUUAUCUUUUUUUCAUCGAUACUGAGUCGCCAUGGCUGAAGAAGCGGGUAUGUUUGUGGUUCAUCAAACCGUUGGGACUGUAUUGUGUUGCAAAUGUGGUAUCCCAAUGCCACCAAAUGCUGCCAAUAUGUGUGUGAAGUGUUUGCGCUCUGAGGUUGACAUUACAGAAGGUCUGCAAAAGCAUGCUAUCAUUCGUCACUGCCCAGAGUGUGAUUCCUACUUGCAGCCACCAAGAACUUGGAUAAAGGCUCAACUGGAAUCAAAGGAGCUGUUAACCUUUUGUGUUAAGAGAUUGAAAAAUUUAAAUAAAGUUAGGUUGGUGAAUGCUGAAUUUAUUUGGACUGAACCUCACUCCAAAAGGAUCAAGGUUAAGUUGAAAGUUCAGAAAGAGGUUCUUAAUGGAGCAGUACUUGAACAAUCUUAUGUUGUAGAGUAUGUUCAGGAAGAACAUAUGUGUGAGUCUUGUUCAAGGGUACAAGCCAACCCUGAUCAGUGGGUAGCAGCUGUACAACUACGCCAGCAUGUUUCUCACAGACGUACAUUUUUUUAUCUGGAACAGCUAAUUCUAAAGCAUAGCGCCGCUGCCAGCGCCAUAAAAAUUAAGCAGAUGGAACAGGGAAUUGACUUCUUCUUUUCGAAGCGCAGUCAUGCUGUUAAAUUUGUGGAAUUCAUUGGCAUGGUUGCUCCAGUAAGGAGUCGUAAUGACAAACAGCUUGUAUCCCAUGAUCCUAAGAGUAAUAACUAUAAUUACAAGUAUACUUUCUCUGUGGAAAUAAGCCCUGUAUGUCGUGAAGAUUUGAUCUGUCUACCUCCCAAGGUUGCAGUAAGUCUGGGAAAUCUUGGACCUUUGGUGAUUUGCACUAAAGUGACCAACAGCAUUGCAUUACUUGACCCUUUUACCCUGAGGCACUGUUUCUUGGAUGCUGAUCAAUAUUGGAGGGCAUCCUUCAAAUCUCUCCUUAAUAGCAGGCAGCUAGUGGAAUAUAUUGUCCUAGAUGUGGAGAUUAUCUCGUCCGAAGUUAACGUGGGUGGCUCUAAGUAUACUUUAGCUGAUGCGCAGGUUGCUCGUGUGUCAGAUUUUGGAAAGAAUGAUACAAUUUUUUCCAUUAGAACACAUCUAGGGCAUCUUUUAAACCCUGGGGAUUAUGCUCUUGGUUAUGACCUGUACGCGGCUAACAGUAAUGAUAUUGAAUUAGAUAAGUACAAGGGUCUAGUCCUUCCUGAUGCUAUUUUGAUUAAGAAGAGCUUUGAAGAGAAGCGCCAGAGAAAACGAGGGAAGGCACGUGCAUGGAAGCUUAAAUCCCUUAACAUGGAAGUUGAUGAUAAGGGCAGAACUGACCAAGAAAAGAUAGACUCGGAGUAUGAACAAUUCUUGAAAGAUCUGGAGGAGAACCCCGAUAUGAGAUUCAAUGUAUCCUUGUAUCGUAACAGGGAAUACCAGCCGUCAGAAAUAGCAUCAAUGACUGAUGGGGAAGAAGUACCAUCUGUUCCACUCGAAGAGUUGCUUGCUGAUCUUGAUCUAAGUGUGGAUGAAGAUGGAGACAGUAACAUGAGGGAGUGAUUGAGAACUGCUUGAUUUAAUUUUUUUGGAAAGUAGUUGUUAUGAGCAUCUAAUUUGUCUACUUGCUGCUUUGGUAUUGUGUAUUUGUGGUGUUUGUUUAAAACUAUCGGUGAGCCAUUAAUACCUCCAUAAGUUCGUGCUAUAGUUGUCACGGAUUUUGUUCAUGUUUGGAAUUAUAUUAUAGCGAAAACAUAUUGCACCA